CCCAUUUCACCGAGAGGUGUAGAGUCUAGCUUUCCAGUACUGGCACAGGAAGCGAUUCGCAACAUUCAGAAAGUUUGUUGCAGGGACGUAAUCGGGGUUUUCUGGCUGUAUCACGUUCUUGGCUUCGCGAUACUGGAGGUAUUGCAAUCGAUAGCGUCAUCUGUGACGUUCUUCUAGUCAGCAGAAACAUCGGUGGACCUCACCUGUACAGUCUCUGCGAUGCAGCAGAUGAGAAGUCUCUGAAAUAUAGUAAAAGGGCUGCAAAGUCCAUAAAGAAACAUCUUUCCGAAAAUUGCGCAAGGGGCCAAAGGUUUUAUCGGUCAUACCAUGUGCUACCAUGUCGCGCAGGUGAAGUGAUACGCCUAUUACCUGACGAUCGCUACCCGAAGUCUUAUGAUUUCCAUACUCCCCGAGCGAAACUUAAUGAAAUACUCAAAGCUGUGGUGAAAACUGUUGCUGCAGUGCCCUCUACUUUGUCCAGCAAGUUAGGAGUAACCAUUUUCAAUCUCCUUACCAAGGAACAGUUCCACUUGGUUCAUUAG